UUAGAUUCUUCCCUGUUAACUUCCUCCCUUAAGUUUUCUUGCAAAACACAAUUCAAAUCGUCUUACUAGGCAUUCUUCAAGCAAAACCUCUUUGUUAAUUAAUUAGUGGAAUAAAUAAAUAGGAAAAAAAUCUUUAUUUAUUUUUAUUUACUUUUUUUUCUCGAUUAUUCUUAAGAUAACUACUUGUGAAACUACUUGUGAAACUACUUGUGAGUUGUUCGGUUACAGCACCUCUUGCGAGUCAAGUAAUUGAGUAAAAUCUCUUAUUACCUACUUGGAUGAUUUCUUGAAGCUUCUAAAGAAAUACCCUUUUAUCCAUAUCAUCUCUGUAACGUCCUUCUUCUUACUCUUCUUCAUCGUCUUGGCGUUUCUUCUGCAUCUUUUUUUGCGGUUCACGUGUUGAUUGCUUCUGGGUCUAUCCUUGUUCGUUUAACUGUUUUAAGGUUGUCUCUGGUUGAGGUUUUCUCUGAUAAACAAAACACAAAGCAAGAAACAUAGUCUUUAAUUGUUGUCUUCUUGAGCAUACGAAUAUUCGAGAAGGUUAAUGUAAGAAUUCUUGCUCCUUUUGAUGUAUUUUACAAAACCAUGACUAUACGCCAUCAAAGCUAAGUUAAGUUUGAGAGGAAGAACUAAAACCAUUCACCACAGAAGAUCGAGAACUAGAGACAAUCAUGGACGUCAUGUCUUACCAGAAUCAGGCAGAGGGUUUUGUUAAAGGCUAUCUGUUAGCAGAUCCAUGUCUUCCUUAUACUUCUGUUCUUGCAGGAAUCUUUCUCUGCAAGAUGGUCUAUGAUCUUACGGAGUCAUUCAGCUCUAUUCAUAUCAAAUCAUACUCAGCUCUCACAAAAAUGAAGAGAAUUGAAUGGAACAACAGGGGAAUUUCUACAGUCCAUGCGAUAUUAAUCUCAUUGAUGUCACUCUACUUUGUGUUCUUCUCUGAUUUGUUUUCUGAUCAAACAAGUCUUCAAGGCCUUAUGGUGUUUCGUAGCUCGCCUCUAUCUAACUUUGGUUUAGGAGUAUCAGUUGGUUACUUUCUUGCUGAUCUUGGAAUGAUCAUAUGGCUUUACCCUUCAUUAGGGGGAUUAGAAUAUAUUUUCCAUCACAGCUUAUCUGGAGUCGCAGUAGCGUAUUCUCUGUUCUCAGGAGAGGCUCAGCUUUACACAUACAUGGUUCUAAUCUCUGAAGUGACUACACCAUCUAUCAAUCUUAGAUGGUACCUUGAUACUGCUGGUUUGAAGCGGUCUAAAGCUUAUCUUAUUAAUGGUGUUGCUAUUUUCUUGGCUUGGUUGACAGCAAGAAUUAUACUGUUCAUCUACAUGUUUUACCAUGUCUACAUACACUACGAUCAGGUGGUACAGAUGAAUACAUUCGGUUAUCUACUGGUUUUCGUAGUACCGAUUGCAUUGAGUGUAAUGAACUUGAUGUGGUUUGGUAAGAUAGUGAAGGGAUUGAAGAAAACACUUGAGAAAAGACAGUGAAGAAAGGAUCUUUUGUUGAAUGUAAAUGUAAAGAAGCUCUUAUGAAGAAAAUGUUUUAGCUUCAUAAGCAACAAGGUUUUUAUACGUUUAGCUUAAACACUAAUUAUGUUAAAAAAAAAAGAGUCUCAAAUUUAACUUCAGAAAUCAGAAUCUUAUUUUCACAA